GCGCCCGCAGCCCCCGGGAGCGCCGCGCUGACGUCGGCCCCGCGCGGCUAUAUCCCGGCGUCGCUCGCCACGCCGAACCUCGGUCCGGACGCUCGCUGUGCGCUGGACCGCUCCUCGGAACCGCGGCCCCGCUCUCCUCCGUGCGCCCCGCGCCCCGCGCCGCCCUCAGUCACCAUGGAGCCGGCGCCCGAGCUGCUCUUCUACGUGAACGGCCGCAAGGUAGUAGAAAAACAAGUUGAUCCUGAAACAAUGCUGCUACCAUAUCUGAGGAAGAAGCUGCGACUCACAGGAACCAAGUAUGGCUGUGGAGGGGGAGGCUGUGGGGCCUGCACAGUGAUGAUCUCAAGAUACAACCCCGUCACCAAGAAAAUAAGACAUUACCCAGUCACUGCCUGUCUGACCCCCAUCUGUUCUCUGUACGGCGCUGCAGUCACCACGGUGGAAGGCAUAGGAAGCACCACAACGCGACUUCAUCCUGUCCAGGAGAGGAUUGCCAAGUUUCACGGCACUCAGUGUGGAUUCUGUACCCCGGGGAUGGUGAUGUCCAUGUAUGCACUGCUCAGGAACCAUCCGGAGCCCACUCUGGAUCAGCUGGCCGAUGCCCUUGGAGGUAAUCUGUGUCGUUGCACUGGAUACAGGCCAAUAAUUGAGGCAUACAAGACUUUCUGUAAAACUUCUGACUGCUGUCAAAAUAAAGAAAAUGGGUUUUGCUGUUUGGAUCAAGGAAUAAAUGGAUUGCCAGAAGUUGAGGAAGAAAAUCAGACAAGUCCAAACCUCUUCUCAGAAGAGGAGUACCUGCCACUGGAUCCAACCCAGGAGCUGAUAUUUCCUCCUGAGCUAAUGACAAUGGCUGAGAAACAACCCCAGAGGACCAGGGUUUUUAGUGGUGAAAGAAUGAUGUGGAUUUCCCCAGUGACCCUGAAGGCACUUCUGGAAGCUAAGUCCACGUAUCCUCAGGCCCCUGUUGUCAUGGGGAACACCUCUGUGGGGCCUGGAGUGAAAUUUAAAGGCAUCUUUCACCCAGUUAUAAUUUCUCCUGAUAGUAUUGAAGAACUGAAUGUUGUCAGCCAUACACACAAUGGGCUGACGCUGGGUGCUGGCCUUAGCCUGGCCCAAGUGAAGGACAUCCUAGCUGAUGUGGUUCAGAAGGUUCCAGAGGAAAACGCACAGACAUACCACGCCCUCCUGAAGCACUUGGGAACCUUGGCGGGAUCUCAGAUCAGAAACAUGGCAUCUUUAGGGGGCCACAUCAUCAGCAGGCAUCUGGAUUCAGACCUGAAUCCCCUCCUGGCCGUGGGUAACUGCACCCUCAAUGUGCUGUCCAGAGAGGGAGAGCGCCAGAUUCCCUUAGAUGCGCAGUUUCUCAGCAGGUGUCCCGAGGCUGAUCUGAAGCCGCAAGAAAUCUUGGCCUCAGUGCACAUCCCCUACUCCAGGAAGUGGGAAUUCGUGUUAGCCUUCCGACAAGCCCAGCGGAAACAGAACGCGCUAGCCAUAGUCAACUCAGGAAUGAGAGUCUUUUUUGGAGAAGGGGAUGGCGUCAUUAGAGAGUUGGCCAUAUCGUAUGGUGGCGUUGGUCCAACCAUCAUCUGCGCCAAGAAUUCCUGCCAGAAACUCAUUGGAAGGCCCUGGAAUGAAGAGAUGCUGGACACAGCUUGCAGGUUGAUUCUGGACGAAGUCUCCCUUCCAGGCUCAGCACCAGGUGGGAAGGUGGAGUUCAAGAGGACCCUCAUCAUCAGCUUCCUCUUCAAGUUCUACCUGGAAGUGUCCCAGAUUUUGAAGAGGAUGGCCCCGGGUCUGUCUCCCCACCCUGCAGACAAGUAUGAGAGUGCCCUGCAAGAUCUCCAUGCCAGAUACAGCUGGAGCACCCUGAAGGACCAGGAUGUAGAUGCAAGGCAGCUUUCGCAAGACCCAAUUGGCCAUCCCAUCGUGCACCUGUCUGGUGUUAAACAUGCCACGGGGGAAGCCAUCUACCUUGAUGACAUGCCUGCAGUAGACCGGGAACUCUUCAUGGCUUUUGUAACUAGUCCAAGAGCUCAUGCUAAGAUUGUGUCUACGGAUCUGUCGGAAGCCCUCAGCCUGCCGGGCGUGGUGGACAUUGUGACAGCGGAGCACCUUCGGGAUGUGAACACGUUCUACACAGAGACGCUUCUGGCAGAAGAUGAGGUGUUGUGUGUGGGUCACCUGGUCUGUGCCGUGAUCGCGGAGUCUGAGGUGCAGGCAAAGCAAGCUGCUAAGCGCGUGAAGAUCGUCUAUCAAGACCUGGAACCAGUGAUCCUGUCGAUCGAGGAGGCUAUACGGCAGAAAUCCUUCUUCGAGCCAGAAAGGAAACUGGAAUAUGGAAACGUUGAUGAAGCAUUUAAAGUGGUUGAUCAAAUUCUUGAAGGUGAAAUACAUAUGGGAGGUCAGGAACAUUUUUAUAUGGAAACCCAAUGUGUGCUUGUUGUGCCCAAAGGAGAGGAUCAAGAAAUGGAUGUCUAUGCAUCUACACAGUUUCCCAAACAUGUCCAGGACAUGGUUGCCGCAGUCUUGAAGCUCCCAGUGAACAAGGUCAUGUGCCACGUGAAACGUGUUGGUGGGGCGUUUGGGGGGAAGGCGUUCAAAGCCAGCAUUAUGGCAGCCAUUGCCGCAUUUGCUGCCAACAAACAUGGUCGUGCAGUCCGCUGCAUUCUGGAACGAGGAGAAGACAUGUUAAUUACUGGAGGGCGCCACCCUUACCUUGGAAAGUACAAAGCUGGAUUCAUGAACGAUGGCAGGAUCGUGGCCUUGGACGUGGAACAUUAUAACAAUGGAGGCUACUCCCUGGAUGAGUCAUUAUUUGUCAUAGAAAUGGGACUCCUGAAAAUGGAAAACGCCUACAAGUUUCCCAACCUGCGCUGCCGGGGCUGGGCGUGCAGAACCAACCUUCCCUCCAACACGGCUUUCCGCGGCUUCGGCUUUCCCCAGGCGGGGCUCAUCACCGAGUGCUGUGUCGCGGAAGUUGCAGCCAAAUGCGGUUUGUCCCCCGAGAAGGUCCGAGCCAUAAACUUUUACAAGGAAAUUGAUCAAACUCCCUAUAAACAAGAGAUAAAUGCCAAGAACCUGACCCAGUGUUGGAACGAGUGUCUGGCCAAGUCUUCCUACUUCCAGAGGAAAGUGGCUGUGGAAAAGUUCAAUGCCGAGAAUUACUGGAAGCAGAGAGGGCUGGCCAUCAUCCCCCUCAAGUAUCCCGUCGGCCUUGGCUCGGUCGCCUAUGGUCAGGCUGCUGCCCUGGUUCACGUGUACCUCGAUGGUUCUGUUCUGGUCACUCACGGUGGGAUUGAAAUGGGGCAGGGUGUCCACACUAAAAUGAUUCAGGUGGUCAGCCGUGAACUGAAGAUGCCAAUGUCAAAUGUCCACCUGCGUGGCACAAGCACGGAAACUGUCCCUAAUGCUAAUGCCUCUGGAGGAUCUGUGGUGGCAGAUCUCAACGGACUGGCAGUAAAGGAUGCUUGUCAAACUCUUAUGAAACGCCUGGAACCCAUCAUCAACAAGAAUCCUCAAGGAACUUGGAAGGAGUGGGCCCAGGCUGCCUUUGAUGAGAGCAUCAGUCUGUCAGCGACUGGCUACUUCAGGGGCUAUGACUCAAACAUCAACUGGGACAAAGGUGAAGGCCAUCCCUUCGAAUACUUCGUUUAUGGAGCUGCCUGUUCCGAGGUGGAGAUAGACUGCCUGACAGGGGAUCAUAAGACAAUCAGAACGGACAUUGUCAUGGAUGUUGGCUACAGUAUAAACCCAGCCCUUGACAUAGGCCAGGUUGAAGGUGCCUUUAUUCAAGGCAUGGGACUUUAUACCAUAGAGGAGCUGCAUUACUCCCCUCAGGGCAUCCUCUACUCUCGUGGUCCGAACCAAUACAAAAUCCCUGCCAUUUGUGACAUCCCCGCCCAGUUGCACGUUACCUUUUUGCCUCCAUCUGAGAAGUCCAAUACCCUGUACUCCUCGAAGGGUCUGGGAGAGUCUGGGGUGUUCAUGGGCUGCUCCGUGUUUUUCGCCAUCCGGGAAGCGGUGUGUGCAGCCCGGCAGGCGAGAGGUCUCUCUGCACCUUGGAAGCUCAGCAGUCCGCUCACCCCAGAGAAGAUCAGAAUGGCCUGUGAAGACAAGUUCACAAAAAUGAUUCCAAGAGAUAAGCCAGGCUCCUACGUUCCUUGGAAUGUACCCGUGUGAAACAGGCCACUCUUCCCAUGAGGCAGUGUCUCCAGACUCAGCCCUCGAAGACGCUGCAUGUGAAAGACAGAUUUUCACACUUCAGAAGUCAGUCCACAGACUGUUGCUUUAAUGGUCUAAAAUGUUCUGUUUUGAUUUUGAUAAAUAUGCUUCUGCAACUUAUAAAUCACACUUUAAAUGGAAUCAGUACUAACUUUUUUCCUCUGGAGUGAUGCUCUCCACCGCUGUGUCCCCUAGAUCCAUCUGGCUCAAUGGAAUAAAUGAUGACUUGUACGUGAUUCAUCAUCGGCUCGUAUCUACCAGCAGAAAUUAUACUGUCUAGUGAAAGGCAAUUUUCUAAAUGAUUUUAUUAGCAGUGUGAACUAGAAAGUUGUCGUUUUUUUUUCACUUGUUCCUGUCUGCUUUUGCUGUUCCUUUCUUUGUCAGACUAGAUUCAGACUCUGUAUAAAAGGAGUUUGUGGGACCAAAAUAAUAAAUAAAUUGAACUUCAUCAG